GCUGACGAAUACGGAAAGCYUUUAGUUGAAGAUGCUGAAAUAUCAACGUGCUGUUYGGAUUUUCACUUCUUUAUAACAAUUGGCAUCAGAGACACUGUAAGAGCUGCACUUUAUAGUUGAGUCUGUGCAGCUGCUUCUACAGUCAGGAUGAUCAGAUCCUCGUGGCUCGUCUAUAGUCUUGGUUUGCUGUGCUGCUUCCAAAUUCAGGAAGCUUCACAUGGACACAAAGAAAGGAAGUUCCUGAGCUGCUGCUUAAAAAGGAAAUUCCURACGGAAAACAACAACUUAGACAGCAGCAGGCUGGGAUGUAGCAGAGGAUACAUAAGCCCCGUUAAAAUAGUUUCAUUCAUUUUGAUCUCUUUAAGUACAGUAAGAUACUCAUUACUCAGAAAAGAUUUAUCCUGGCUUUACAAUGCAAUGUGUAUUUAACUGGAAUGAUUAUAACAGYAUGCCUGUUAGGAGUCAUGCAGAACUAUAAUGUUCAAACCAAAAGCUGAAAGAUAACUUUUGGGGUUUCAUUAGCUAUAAGCUCCAAUGAUUACAAUAGAAAAACACACAUUUUAAAUCAAUCACGCUUUAUAGAAAGGUGUGAUGGUGUAAGGAAUCUAUAUAAUAUUAAUUGAACAUCAAUUCCUUUUCAAUGACGGUCUAACAAUCAGAGAUGCACUUGAAUGUUGUGCUUGUAACAUGUGUUGUCCUCUGAUUGGAGCAGUAAGACUUUGUUCUGUUUUUAGACAAAACAGCAGACAAGCCAAAGUGUGGGACUCUGAAAAGUCCCCCAAAAGGUUUGGACACCACCAUCAUCUCAAAGACCUAUUACAACAUGGUCCUACAGAACAUCCUGGAGGCAGAGAGUGAAUAUUCGAAGGAGCUGCAGAGUCUCCUGGGGACGUACCUACGUCCACUUCACCCCACAGACAGACUUGGCAGUGUUGACAUCGGUCAUAUUCAGGGAAAUCUGGAAGAGAUCUCUACAUUUCAACAGAUGCUUGUUCAGUCCUUGGAYGAACAGACCAAACUUCCAGAGAACCARCAGAGAAUCGGGGGUUUCUUUCUGAACCUGAUGCCUGAGAUGAAGGCCAUAUAUGUGGCUUACUGCUCCAAUCACCCGUCUGCAGUCAGCGUGCUCACACAGCACAGCGAUGAUCUUGGGGAAUAUAUGGAGUCAAAAGGAGCAUCCAGUCCCGGGAACCUGACGCUAACAGUCAGUCUGAGCAAACCCUUCACCAGAAUGGAAAGAUACCCAGCACUGCUGAAGGAACUGGACAGACAUAUGGAAGAGCAACACCCUGACCGAGCUGACCUCAGUGCUGCCAUGGCAGCCUUCAAAGGCCUCGCAGCAGAGUGUGAGGAGGUGAGAAAGAGGAAGAACCUGGAGCUGCAGAUUCUGACUGAGCCAAUCAGAAACUGGGAAGGAGAAGACAUUAAAACUCUCGGCCCAGUUCUCCACAUGUCCCAAGUCAAGGUUCACACGCAGAAUUGCCAGGAGUCAAAUGAACGCUUCCUCAUCCUGUUCCCUCACACUCUGCUCAUGCUCUCAGCUAGCCUCCGAAUGAGUGGAUUCAUAUACCAGGGGAAAAUGCCUCUAUCAGGAAUGCUCAUCUCYAGAAUUGAAGAYGGAGAAAACCUGAAGAAUGCCUUUGAAAUAUCUGGAGGCCAAUGUGAGCGCACGCAGAUAGCUUGUAGCAGUCAGCGUGAUCUGCAAGACUGGUUGGACCUCCUCACUAAACACACACACACCACACCGCCUCAAGUGUGCAAGCUUCAGGAUGUUUGUUACACAUUGCCCUCCCAUCCCGCCGCUCACUCCAGAUAUUCCGAGUCUCGCGGGGGGAGCCCUUACCACACCCUGCCUCAUCCCUCCUUAAAUGGGACAAUUUCCAGCAGCAGCCCCGUGUGGGGACCGCUGGAGCCACCGUGCACCCCCAAACCCUGGACCCUGAGCUGCCUUCGCCCUGCACCUCCACUACGGCCGUCGGCUGCUCUGGGCUUCAAAGAGGAUGUAAGUAAAAGUCCCAAAAACAAGAGGCCRCUGCUCCCUACCAUAAGGAAACCAGAGAGGAAACCAUCGGAGGAAGAUUUCACUGCUAGAAAGAGCACAGCGGCUCUGGAGGAGGACGCUCAGAUACUGAAGGUGAUCGAGGCUUACUGCACGAGUGCAAAGACUCGCCAGACUCUAAACUCAACAUGGCAGGGAACUGACCUCAUGCACAACCAUGUGCUGGCUGAGACCAGCCUCACAGUGGCUGCGCUCCCUAGUAACCUGCCAUCUUCUGACCAAUCAGAAGACUCCGAUUAUGACAGUAUCUGGACUAAUCAAAGUCACAGGACCGCCUCRUUUUCUCGCUCCAGCAGAAAAGAUGUCCAUAUGCUGUUCCCAGAGGAGGAGAAGAUUAUUGUUGAAGAAACGAGGAGCAACGGACAAACUGUAGUGGAGGAACGGAGUCUGGUGGACACUGUUUAUAGCCUCAGAGAUGAGGUUCAGGAACUCAAGCAGGACAACAAGAGAAUAAAGCGGACGCUYGAGGAGGAGCAGCGAGCGAGAAAAGAGCUGGAGCGAAUCGUCAGGCGGGUUCUGAAGAACAUGAACGACCCGACCUGGGACGAGACUAACCUCUGAAACUGCUUCAGAUUUUAAGCCAGGACCAAUUUCUGACAUUUAAAUCAUCAUAUGAUGAGAGUUGUUAGCUGUGUGGACAGAAGCUGCCGGUAGUUUGUGCCACUCUUCAUCACUUAAUUUAACUUUAAAACCUUGAACUAACCCAUGUGCCAAACCAGGGACCAGGAAACUUYCUGCCAGCUAUCGAUGAAGCCGCCCYUACUGUUCACGAAGUAAUGAAGCCAUAACAGCUGGUAGGCACGAGGAUGUCACUUCAGUUCAUCUUUUCUUCUGUUAUUGGACCAAUAAUAAUUUCCUUUUUCUUUCCUAGUGUUGUUGCUGCUCCUUCCACUGGUAUCCAGGACUGUAUUUUAUUUGCUCCUGGUCCACAAAUAUGACAGUUUUAAAUGAACAAGACACCAUAGAAAAGUUCAGUAGUUAAGUCUUGAUAAAAAAAA